AUGCCUCUUCAACAGUUUUGGCUCAAGGCGUUGACCUUGGUUGUCAUUGUUCAACAGUCUUCCUACUGGGGCUACCGCUUUGGCAGAGACCAGUGUCUCUUUAAAGACUGCGUUCCUUCCAAUGAAGCUGUGGAUAAUGCCAUGCGGGCGGCUUCUAUGCCAUUCGCUGCUCGUCGACGCGAUUUAGAUGUCCAAAAGUAUCCCACCGCCAAACCGCGGAGAGGAAUUGUCUUGACGUCCCAAUGCUCUGGAUCGGAAUGGGUAGUCUCCAGUUUGAAUAACGUUCCUGGAGUAACCUGGCAUUUGGAGCGCAUGAUUCGAUACUCACGCACGUACAUGAAAGAUGCCGAGUGGGAAACGGUGCCGUGGAAGACUUAUCGCCAGGAACUGGAACAAGCAUUUACAUUUACUUCGGGUGGACCCAAAGACUUGCCAGAAAUUACUCCCAAAAAGGACAACACAAAAGGACUGCGCACCAAAAUGGUGGGAUUCAAACUCAUGUACGAUCAAAUUCCGCAACAUUUGAGAUUUCAGUUUGCCGAAUGGCUCGAGGAGAAUCAAGUCUUUGUGGUCCAUUUGCGCCGAAAAUGUGCCGCCUUGCAAUGGAGCUCGCAAAUGGAAAAAUACAUGCGGGGGUAUCGAUUCAAAAUCAAAAAGGACCACAUCUACAGCCAGAAAGAAAAAGAUGCGCUGCCACCCAGGAACUGGAAUAUUACACUCGUGGACAGAAAGGGAUUCAACAAUCGAUGGCUCGAGAGCAUCCAUCUCUUGGAAGAAAAUCAGAAUGAGUUUGCCAAUUAUCUCCAUGUCUUUGCCGCCAAGGUGCCUGUCUUUGAAUUCAAUUAUGAGACUGUGGACGGUCCCUACCAAGCCAACUGGUUCAAUGCACUCUAUGCCUUUUUGGGCUUGGACUUUACCCAUCCCAGUGGUGGAUCCAAAACGGUCAAGACGGGAUCCAGAACCUGUGAAGACCGCAUGGUUAAAUUGGGAGGGCCCUCCUUGAAAUCCUUGGAGUCCGUAGCACCUCAGUCUAGGGUUGAAUGCUUGAGAAUGAAAACUUUGGCCAUGGCGGGCAACACGACAACCAGUGCAGCAGCGAUGCAGCAGAUGGGCCUUGGGGAUUUGUUGUUGCCACCCAGUGAUGGUCGGUGCCGUCUUGGUCCCAACUGCCGACAAAUUGAAUAUGGAAAGUUCCAAGAUGAUCUAUUGAAGCGUCCGGCAAUGUACCAGGGAUGA